AUGCAGCAAACUCGAUUCCCAGCAUUGAUUCUUUCUGGAUUACUCAAACUUAUUAAUUCAAAUGAAUUUAAAUAUGAUGAAUAUAUAUAUCAAAAAGAAAUAUUUGAAAAUCUAAAGCUUGAUUUAGAUUUUACUCUAGAAUCCCAAAAACUUGUUCACUUGACUGAAGUACCUACAGAAUUAAUCGUUUCAGAAGAAAUGAUAAAGGAUCUACGAAUCACCAUACUUAAUUAUUAUUUUGACGAAAUUUAUAUUGAGAAUUUUUAUUCUUAUGAUUCUAUUCAUGAAUUUUCUUUAGAAAUGAGAGUAUCUGUGAUUUUAGAAGAUUUACGUCAGAAAUUACUAAAGAAAAUAGUAUUUGAUGAUACCGAACCAUUAGAUAAUUUCAAUUAUUUGGUAAAAAAAGUAGAAAAAGAAUUAGGAUUGAUAAGAUCAAAAAAUACAAAGAAUUUUCGAGAAUCUGUUAUUAAAAAUAAAUACAAAAACAUAAUAUCAGAUUUUAUUAUUGAUAAAAUUAUAUUAGUGGGACGUUAUGGAUUUAAUAUUGAACCAGAUCAGGGAUAUAGUAACCCACAAGUUUUGAUUGAUUAUGUUUUAAACAAGAUUAUUCAUACUCAAAUUAUUCCAAUAUCUUUGAUCCAAAACCGAUUCGAUAAAGAUAAUCAUUAUGAAUACCAUGAUGCUAAAACUGGUUUGAUUACUGUUGAUGUUGCAGCAACAGUUUUGCCAAGCUUUACUUGUAAAGCAGGUCUAGCACCGCGACAUAUUCAUACAAGGAUAAAAUCUGUGGGUAUGAAUGUUUUUAUAGACGUUCAUUACGACGAUAUAGUGCGAGAUUGGAAUUACUUUAAACAAAAACCCAACAAAAAGGGAAAUUUGAGAUGUGGGUGUUCAUAUGAAGAAAUUAAGAAAAGGAUAGAUGAAUUAUUGGAAUAUUAUCAAAAUACAUCAAAACAUAGAAGAUAUCAUUGUUGUGAAUGUAAAGUUAUUUUAACUAUAGAUAAUAUUUAUGAAUUAGAAGAUAAUAUUUUUAAAUAUAAAGGAUGUUAUAAAAAUUUUCAUAUGGGAUUGAACGAAAAUGAUGAAAGAAGAAAAGAAUAUAUUCAAAGUUCUGAAUAUCAAAGAUAUCUUGUUAAUUGUGUUGUUUGUAAGAAAGAACAUAAACGAGCAUAUUAUUUAGAUGGAAUUGGUGAUUUUUGCAAUAUUCAUCAUCAAGUAGCAUAUAAAGUAUAUCAAGAUAUCGAAAACCCAAAUAAAAAAUUAUGGAUUCAUAUUCGACAUUGGACAGAUACGAGCAAAACAAGAUUAUCAGCAUAUCUGAUGAACCAAAUUGCUAUAUUAAGAACUGUUUUAAUAAUGAAGAAUUUAUUGAAUAUAUCAUACGAUGAAGCUUUAAAGGAACAAAAUGGAGAUUUUUUCAAUAGUGCUGGUACCACAGAUGACAACGAUUGGUAUGAAGAAGAUUAUACAUUUGAAAGAAUUGUUGAUAAUUUGAUAUCACCAGAAGAAAUGAAUGAAAAAGAAAGAUUGAGAAAAUUGAUAAUUGAGUCUUUUAAUUUUGGAUCUAAUAUUGAUAUCAAAGAUAUUUUAACAAAAUUACAAAAAAAUUAUGGUUCGUUAAAGAGAAUUACAUUUUGUAAAUCUUGUUGGUUAGUUGAUUUAGUUGAAAGAGUUAAAAAUAAUUUAUGUAGUAAGUGUAAUAAUGAUGGUAAUAAUGAUGAUACAAAUAAUAAUGAAAUUAAUAAUGAAGAGAUUAAUAAUAAUGAUAUAAAUGUGCGUAUAAAUGAAUUGAUGAAACAGAUUAGUGAAAUUAAGUUAGAAUCAGAAAAAAUUAAAAUAGAAAAUGAUAAAUAUAGAAAACCCUUUGUAUUUCUUAAACAAUUUUUAAAUUCAGUAAAUAGUAUUAAUAAUGAUGAUGAUAAUUUAAUUUUAUUAUAG